AUGGAUCCAAGCCGCGGCAUUCCGCCGCCUCUGAGCCAAGGAUGGGGCUACGGCGUGGUGCUGGGCGUCGGCUUCGCCUUUGCUGUCGUUAUGCUGGGCAUUACGUACCUGCUCAAGCGCUAUCAGGGCGAGGACAACUCGCGCUUCGAGACGUACGCCGUCGCCGGACGGCAGGUCGGCACCGGCCUCACGGCGGCGGCUGUGAUCAGCUCCUGGGCCUGGUCGACGGCGCUGCUCUCCUCUAGCGUCGUGACGUACAACUACGGCAUCGCUGGCGCAUACUGGUUCGCGGCAGGCUGCACUUGCCAGAUCGCCGGCUUCAGCGUGCUCGCCAUCAGCGCCAAGCGGCGCUCGCCGCACGCGCACACGCUGCUCGAGAUCGUCCGCGCGCGCUACGGCACCAUUGCGCACCUGGUCUACAUGGUCCUCUGCCUUCUGACCAACCUGAUCGCCACUAUCAACAUGUCGCUCGGCUCUGCUGCCACGAUUUCGGCGCUGACGGGCAUGCCCACGGAGGCCUCCGUCUUCCUGCUGCCCGUCGGCGUGUGCGCGUACACCAUCAGCGGCGGCCUGCGCGCGACAUUCAUUACCGACUACCUUCACACGGUAGUCGUCCUUCUUCUGUCCAUUUUCCUAAGCCUCAAGGCUAUCAACGCGCCCGCCACUGGCGGGCUCGACACGGUCUGGCGCAACGUCACGGCGCUGGCUCAAACGGCACCGAUUGCGGGCAACCUCGAGGGCUCGUACCUCACGAUGAACUCGCUCAGCGCGCUGGCAUUCGGCACUCUGCACACUCUUGGCAACCUGGGCCUCGUCAUCCAGGACAGCUCGUACUGGCAAAAGGCCUUCUCGGCCAACCCCGCCGCUGCAGUUGAUGGCUACACCAUCGGCGGCCUGCUGUACUUUGCCAUUCCUUGGGCGCUCGGUACGAUCGCAGGCCUGGUCGGCCUGAGCCUGACGAACAACCCGGCCUGGCCCGCCUUUGGGCGCGCGCUUACGGCUGACGAGACGAACAACGGCCUCGUGCUGGCCUACACUGCGCUUGCUACGGCUGGCAAGGGCGGUGCCGUCGCUGUGCUCUUCGUCAUCUUCAUGGCCUGCACCUCGACGAUCUCGGCGCAGCUCGUCGGCGUCUCGUCGAUUGUCUCGAGUGACAUCUUCCAUCAGUACCUGCACCCGCGCGCGACGGAGCGCCAGAUCAUCAAUGUCAGCCGCGGCGCCUGCGUCGGCUUUGCACUCAUCACUUCGGCGAUCAGCGUCGUCUUCUUCCACAUCGGCCUCAGCCUGACCUGGACUCUAUACUUCCUUGGCGUCGUCGUCUGCCCUGGUGUUGUGCCGACGGCGCUCACGCUCCUGUGGCGCAAGCAGAGCCGCGUGGCGGCCAUUGCUGCACCGAUCAUCGGCCUCGCCGCCGGCCUGGCGACGUGGAUAUCUACGGCGUGGCACUACGGCGGCGGCGUCAUCAAUGUCACGACGACGGGCGCGCUCAUUCCGUGCAUGUGGGGCAACAUCGUCAGCUUCUUCGUGCCGCUGGUGCUUGCGCCGCUCCUCAGCUUCGUCUUUCCCGACCAGUCGGCGUUUGAGUGGGACCGCUUCAACGACAUCAAGCUCAUCCGCGACGACGCCUCGAUUGGCGCGUCGGAGAAAGAGGCCGAGGGCGCCUUCACCGAGGAGCAGCUCGCAUUCAUGUCGCGCAAGAGCAAGCAGGCGGCCUACACAAGCGUCGUCAUCUUCCUCGCGACGUGGAUCCUGUGGCCGUUUGGCAUGUGGGCCGGACACUACACCUUCUCGCUGCCCUUCUUCCGCGGCUGGGUCAUCGUCUCGCUCAUCUGGCUCUUCCUGGCGCUCAUCUACGUCACCUUUGCGCCGCCGCUCGAGGGCGCCUCGGUCGUCAAGCGCAUCGCGCUCGGCGUGGUGGGCCGCGGCAAGCUCGUUAAGGCGCCCGAGAGCGGUGCUGGCCGCGCCGAGUCUGUUGCGGAGAAGCGCUCGCCUGCCACACCCGACUCGCCGUCGACGCCGACCAACGAGUUCGCCGAGGGCCCGCUCAAGCAGGCGCCCUGA